AUGCGAGUGCAUCACGCGAAGGCAGCGCUGCUGCUGGACCUCGUCGACGAGGCGUGGGCCAAAGACACCCUCCCCGAUGACCUCCUGAUGCUGCCGCUGGAGAUGCAAGUCGACCCUGAGACCGACGAACAGAAGGUCCCGCAGGAGGACGAAGUGUGGGCAGACCUGGGCCUCGGCGAGUUCACCGAGAGCUGA